AUGCCUGCGCCAGAAAGAUUGCGCCGGGUGAGAGCGCGGACCAGCGGUGAGGCCAACGUCACGGAUAUCAAGAUCCGUGCCUGCUGGGGAUUUGUAGCAGGGAAGCGCAUCUUCUGGGGAGAGAAGGAGGGGGUGGGAGAACGGGGAAGCAGGCUUUACUGGGAAGCUGCGGAGCAGAGCUCACCCCGUGACCCGGGGCUGCGUGACACCAGGAAGACGGAGGAGCCGCGGCCACCCCAGAUCUCACCAUCAGAUCCCCCGGCCCUGCUCAGACCCCCUGAAGGGGAUGAUGAGGAAACCCCAACAAGCCGCAUCGCUGAAGGAGCCCAAGCCACAGCCAAAGUGGAGGCGAGGCUUAGAGGUGAGAAAAGCCGGACCACUUCCGAGAAGAAGCUGUUCCCUCACCUGUCUGGCGUCUACAGGGACUUUCUGCCAGUAAAUGGGACGAGAGAGGGCUGUGAGGAGACCAAAACAGCCACUGAAUAUACAGCUGCACAUGGAUUGCUCCUGCUGGAAGAGAUCCAGAAGUUGAGUGACGCCUACACCCUGGAUGAUACAGAAACCAUCCGCAUCAAAACGAGGAGGAGAGGCUGA